AUGAUAAUUACAACAUGGAUUUUGUACAUUCUUGCCCGGAAAGGUACAGGGUUCCCCUUCCCACCAAAAAUCAGUUCGGAUAUUGAAGUUGUGGAGAGGGAGGCUGUGUCUGUGAUACAGCACUGGCUGAGGAAAACUGAAGAAGAGGCUUCUCAGGACAUAAAAGAGAACGUAUUCACCACCCACCCUCCUGUCCAUGGCCAAGAUGUACAUGUGACCAGAGAUGUGGUGAAGCACCAUCUCUCAAAGUCUGAUUUGUCAGCAAACCACAGUCAAGAGGUCCUGGAGGAAAGAACAAGAAUCCAGUUCAUAAGAUGGAGCCAUACUCGUGUCUUCCAAGUGCCAAGUGAGGUGAGAGAGGACACCAAGAGAGAACGAGUAGCGCAGGUGAGACGAAGCCUAUGCCAUCUUAUGGAUGGAUCGUCUCAGGAGAGUCAGGACACAUGUUCCGACACAGACUGCUGA